UAUUUGUAGCAGUCCAUUACCAGGUUAUACCAGAUUCUAACACGUAAUGUAUCUCUCUGAUAAAUGAAGCUGAAAUCAAGCGUAUUAAUAUGAACAUUAUAUUUUAUUUUGAAGCAAAAUGACACGUGUGUUUCCUUUAAAUGGGCGAUAUCGUCGGAAACUCCCUUUAUAGCCGAAUCGGAAUCACGAGUCGGGGACUAACGUUCAUGAACGGUUUUUUUUCCCAUUCGGCUGCCCGUUAGUAUGGUUUAAACGACAUGGCAUGAAUGUAGCAUUGCGACUCGUCGUGGGUGCGUUUGUUUUAAAUUCCAAUGCCGGGCUGCUCUUGGUUCUUCUUCACGUUCUAGGCUACCACGCUCAUUUGCUUUAUGCCAGGUUAUACAACAAGCGCACCCUCUCCUCUCACGUCCGUCGCUCUCAUAACAUUUGUAAAGGACAAAUGAAAGGUCCAUGCUGUUCAUUGGAACAACUUACCCGAAGAGUUUCUUCACGACACUGUAAACUGGUUGUCGAGACACAACUUGAGUAUGUCUAUUAGCCAAGAUGUUUCAUAAGAGUGAAAACCUAAAAUAUUUACUGAGCCUUGUCCCAGGUAAACGUCGUUUUGGGACGUACAGGUUCCUUCCUAUUUUCUUUUGCAUCGGAGGGGUCAUGGAGUGGAUCAUGAUCAACGUGAGGAUAGGAAGAGAGACUUUCUAUGAUGUCUACCGAAGAAAACGAUCAGAACGAGAGUACCAGCAGAAGAUAGCAGAUGGACUGAUAGUUCUGAAUGAGCCUGCAGCCAAGUGAACAGCGGUUGGAUUUGAUGUGGACUUGGCAUGUGUUGUCGAAGGACACAUUCUUGGACUCCGGCUCCCUCGCUUGUUUCAAACAGGCUGGAAUAAACUUUGUAGCAUGCUACUGGGUUACAACAAGCAAGUGAAGAGUGAGAGGCUGAUUGAAAAAUCUCUUCCAACAUGCAUCUUUUAUUGUUUAUAUGGUCUUUGGUUUAAGAAAUGUUAGCAACACAGCAGUAAUAAUACAAACGGUGUGAGAUGAAGGCUGAAAAAAAUAUCACAAUAUUGGUCUCCUUUGUUCAUGAUAACCACACCCGAGUCUCAGCACUGAUUUGACAGCGAAUCUGUCCAUCUGUUAUGUUGAAAACAUUGCAUAGCACCUGCCAAGACAGAACAGUCUCAGCCAAAUUGUAAGUAAAGAAAAAAAAUGCAAAAAGAGCCUCUGUAUUUAAAGACAUCCUGGAUGAUUUUGCACAGAUGUGUCUCACACUGGCAGAUUGCGCUGAUAAGAAACAAAAAACACAAGCUCUCUCUUCUCCGUGUCUAAACCUGAUACCUAAUUCUUUUAAGAAAACUGUUGCCUUGUCUUGAACUGUAUGGUAGAUUUGAGUAUAUAAAAUGUAACUUAAGAACA